UCUAAAACACUUUGAAACUUUUAAGGUUUCAACAAUAUUCUUUUCUUGUACAAUGGCUAACAAGAACAACAACAUUGUCGUCGUGUUCGAUUUCGACAAGACUAUCAUUGACGUGGAUAGCGAUAAUUGGGUCGUCGAUGAACUUGGGUUCACCGAGUUGUUCGACCAGCUUCUUCCGACAAUGCCUUGGAACUCUCUCAUGGAUAGGAUGAUGAAGGAGCUUCAUGAUCAUGGUAAAACCAUAGAAGAAAUCAAACAAGUCUUGAGAAGAAUCCCUAUUCAUCCUCGUGUCAUCCCUGCCAUCAAAUCCGCUCAUGCUUUAGGGUGCGAGCUGAGAAUAGUGAGUGACGCGAACACGUUCUUCAUCGAAACGAUCGUUGAACAUCUCGGGAUUAGGAAGUAUUUCUCCGAGAUUAACACAAACCCUGGACUUGUAGAUGAACAAGGAAGGUUAAGAAUCUCUCCUUACCACGAUUUCAACAAGUCUUCCCAUGGUUGCCCUCGUUGCCCUCCUAACAUGUGCAAGGGUUUGAUAAUUGAGAGGAUUCAAGCUUCUUUUACCAAAGAAGGAAGUAAGAUGAAGAUGAUUUAUCUUGGAGAUGGUGCUGGUGAUUACUGUCCGAGUCUUAGUCUCAAAGCUGAAGAUUACAUGAUGCCAAGGAAGAAUUUCCCGGUUUGGGAUUUGAUUAGUCAAAACCAGACCUUGGUUAAGGCUACGAUUAGAGAUUGGACCGAUGGUGAAGCUAUGGAAAAGAUAUUAGUGGGAACUGUCAACGAGAUUAUAUUAUCAGAUGAAGAAGAGGAGAAGGAGAAGAUGUUGAGCUCUGAUCACUGCAAAAUAUCUGUUGUUGGGAUUGUUCAUGAACCUCUGUUGCCUCUUUCUCUCCAGGUUCCUCUACACCUCGUUAAGUGAUUGAUGAAGACUGAGAGAACAAAGAAUCUAAGAUUUUUUUGUUUUGUUCAAUACAAUGUUAUUCAUGCAUCCAGAAAAAUGUAUAAUAGUUCAUGCACGUGUCUGUACCACGUUGAAUUUUUAUUGAUGUAAUUCCCUUGGAAGCUUAACGGACCUUACGUCAGAGUCUAAAUUAAUAGGCUCACUUAUUGCAAAAAAAAUCAUAGUGUAACCCUUUAUCCCGUGUCGCUGUGUGAUACUCGUUUCCU